CCGUCUUCACAAUACAAAUCCCUGUGAACAGCAAGUCAGCAUGUUUUCACACACCAAGCUUUGCAAGCUGGAGACUGUAGUCCACUUCAGUCAAGAGCCACAAGCCCUGGUGAUUAUACGAAGUGGACAAGAACCACAUAGCCCAGCAUGACUUUCUACACCUGCUUAUUUAUCCAGUGGUUACUGGGUAACCUGAAAUGGUGGCCAAUCGGAUGGUAAUCUUUUCAGCUUAACACUCAAAUGCCGCAAAAAUGGUCUUAUCAGCUCUUAUUCUGGAAUUUAGUUUAGAGGAAUAGUUUUGGAUUUACUAAAUUGCAUCUGCUUGUCUUGGAUCAUCAGAUUCAUCUGUCUGGGGUUAAAGAUUUUGCCAGCGCACAGGUAACCUAUUUUUUUUCCCAAUCAAUAUAAGUUAAAUCUGUAUCUGUAAUGAUAUUUUGACACAUCUUGUAUAUGCCCCAAUAAUCAUCACCAAGAUGUCAAAGUUCAGUGUAAUCACUACGAUCUGAUUAAGUUCAGUUGAACUUUUCUAAAGAACUGCUACUGGACAUGCAACUGGGUGUGUGGGUCUGUGUGCCCACUGCGGCUGUGCUGGGCCUGUUUUGCCGAGGAUGCCUCAGCAGUGCGUGGCGUUUUCCCGGUUGCGGCUUCAGUUCUUUGCCCAGACAGAUGAGCAGGUGGAGUAGCCGGGAGACCUGCAGCCCCCCGCCUCAGGAAAACCUUUGUGUCCUCAUCACAGGUGGCCUUGGGCAGUUAGGUGUGGGGCUUGCACAAAUACUGAGAAAACAGUAUGGAACAGAGAAUGUAAUCCUGUCAGACAUCAAGAAGCCUCCACCUCUUGUCUUCAGCAGUGGUCCAUUUGUAUACGCUGAUGUUUUGGACUACAAACACCUCAGAGAACUUAUUGUAAAUAAUCGUAUCACCUGGCUGGUCCACUACAGCGCUCUGCUCAGUGCUGUUGGAGAGGCUAAUGUGGCUUUGGCACGCAAGAUUAACAUCACAGGCCUUCAUAAUGUUCUGGACUUGGCCCUGGAGAACUGCCUGCGCCUCUUUGUCCCCAGCACCAUUGGAGCAUUUGGGCCCUCUUCUCCACGUGACCCGGCCCCUGAUCUCUGUGUCCAAAGACCCCAAACCAUCUAGGGCGUGUCCAAAGUGCACGGAGAACUGAUGGGGGAGUAUCUCCAUCAUAAAUAUGGCCUAGACUUCCGCUGCCUACGUUACCCAGGUGUGAUAUCGGUCAACACACCUCCUGGAGGAGGAACAACAGACUAUGCAGUUCAAAUCUUCCACGAUGCUCUCAGCACAGGUCACCACGAGUGCUACUUGCGACCUGACACCCGUCUUCCCAUGAUGCAUAUCUCUGACUGCCAACGUGCCACAGCUGAGUUCAUGCAGGCCCCGGAGUGCCAGCUGUCCCUGCGUACCUACAACAUCGCUGCCAUGAGCUUCACUCCAGAGGAGGUCGUCCAAGAAAUCCGCAAGCAUCUGCCUCACCUCAAGGUCACCUACAAUCCUGAUUCUGUCCGCCAGACCAUUGCAGACAGCUGGCCAGUGAGGUUUGAUGACACCAAUGCCAGGAGAGAUUGGGGUUGGUCACCAGCCUUCGGGCUUGAAGAGCUUGUGUCUGACAUGUUGCGCUCUAUUCGAAACAAGAGGACCAAUGAGGGUUUGUCAGUCCGCUAGCAAAACCUUCUCCACAUAGACUGACCAAUGCCCUACCCUUGACGUUUCUUCAGCCUGCAUUUUCAUCUUUCACUUCACUUUUCAGAAAUUGUCGACCACUAUCCUGUGUUACUCUGGAACAUGACAGUAAUGAGCCAGGGGCUGUUUGAAAAGUGGGAAUUCUCAGUCAGAGCCUCACAACAUACAGUGGAGAGUGAGACGUCAUACACAUGCACCCAAGCACACACAUUUCAGUCUUUUUCAGGGAAUAAUAUAAUGUCAAACCGUCUCUUCGUCUUUGUUGUUUUUACUUGUUAUCAUAGUAUAAGCAUUACUUUACUUGGGUAUGUUGCCUCAGAUGGAACAGAAAAUUACUUCAGCUUUAGAGACUUCCAAAUGUCAUGUUCAUUGCAAGCGUGGACACAAUCGACUGUUAUAGUGUCUAAUACAACAUGGACCAGUUGCAAUUUAACCCUUUGGACCAGUUGCACUUUUAACCCUUUGAUUCCAGGAUCAUCUGGAAUGGCUGGCUCAGUUAACUCUGGACUGUGUGCUGGCUCUUUUACAAGGCAGACUUUUGCAAAACAGCCUAGCAAGUGAAAAUCACAUACUGUAUACAACCCCACUACCCUUGCUGUGGCAUCUAACAGGAAGCCUUUAUUUUACUUUUUUGCCAGCAGUGUGAUUUUUGUUAUGAAUGAGUAACAGUGAAAGAAGAAGCCUUAUUUACUGUAGAUUACUUUGGAAAACAAUG